AGAUGGCUGAGCCGGUGCCGAAGUCGGUGCUGUUCGUGUGUCUGGGUAACACCUGUCCGUCACCCAUUGCAGAAGCAGUGUUCAGAAAACUUGUAACUGACCAAAAGCUGUCAGAUCAUUGGAGGGUAGACAGUGCAGAGACAUCCAUGUAUGAAAUAGGAAACCCUCCUGAUUACCGAGAGCAGAGUUGCAUGAAGAAGCAUGGCAUCCCCAUGAGUCACACUGCCUGGCAGGUUACCAAGGAAGACUUUGCCACAUUCAAUUAUAUACUGUGUAUGGAUGAAAGCAAUCUGAGAGACUUGAAUAGAAAAAGUAAUCAAAUUAAAAACUGCAAAGCUAAAAUUGAGCUACUUGGGAGCUAUGAUCCACAAAACCAACUCAUUAUUGAAGACCCCUAUUAUUCCGACUUCGAGAUUGUCUACCAGCAGUGUGUGAGGUGCUGCAAGGCCUUCCUGGAGAAGGCCUGUUAA